UCCAUGCUGGCUGAGCACAGCUGUGUCAGGCAGAAGGAUCAUGGAUGCAGUUGUGGUCCUGGUGUUCAGCCUCUGCUGUCUGCUUCUCUUCUCCUUCUGGAGACAGAGCUCUGAGAGAGCGAAGCUCCCUCCUGGCCCGACUCCUCUCCCAGUUUUUGGCAAUUUCUUCCAAAUAGAUGUUAAGGACAUCAGCCAAUGCUUGACCAAUUUCUCAAAAUCCUAUGGCCCUGUGUUCACCCUGUACUUGGGCAUGCAGCCCACUGUGGUGUUACAUGGGUAUGAAGCAGUGAAGGAGGCUCUGAUUGAUCAUGGGGAGGAGUUUGCUGGCAGAGGAAGCUUCCCAGUAGCUGAAAGAAUUAAUAAAGGUCUUGGCAUUAUUUUUAGCAGUGGAAACAGAUGGAAAGAGAUAAGGCGCUUCACUCUUACAACCCUGCGGAAUUUGGGCAUGGGCAAAAGGAGCCUUGAGGACCGUGUUCAAGAGGAAGCACAGUGCCUUGUGGAGGAACUGAGGAAAACCAAUGGUUCACCCUGUGACCCCACGUUCAUCUUGAGCUGUGCUCCCUGCAAUGUCAUCUGCUCCACUGUUUUCCAGAAUCGUUUUGAUUAUAAAGAUCAGAAUUUUCUUAACUUGAUGGAAAAAGUAAAUGAGAAUGUCAAGAUUAUGAGCUCCCCCUGGAUGCAGGUCUGCAAUAAUUUCCCUUCACUAAUUGACUAUUGUCCAGGAAGUCAUAACACAGCAUUAAAAAAUGCUGAGUAUAUCAGAAGUUACCUUUUGGAAAGAAUAAAAGAGCAUCAGGAAUCAUUGAAUGUUGCGAACCCUCGGGACUUCAUUGAUUAUUACUUGAUUAAACUAAAGCAGGCAAGCCACAAUCAACAAUCAGAAUUUACACUUGAAAAUCUGGCAACGACUGUACUUGACCUGUUUGCUGCUGGGACAGAGACAACAAGCACAACCCUGAGAUAUGCUUUACUGCUCCUGCUGAAGCACCCGGAUGUCACAGCUAAAGUCCAAGAAGAGAUUCACCGUGUGGUUGGCAAACACCGCAGCCCCUGCAUGCAGGACAGGAGCCACAUGCCCUAUACAGAUGCCAUGAUUCAUGAGGUCCAGAGAUUCAUCAACCUUCUCCCCACAAACCUGCCCCAUGCAGUGACCUGUGACAUUAAAUUCAGGAACUACCUCAUCCCCAAGGGAACGAGCAUAUUAAUAUCACUAUCAUCAGUUUUGUAUGACAGCAACGAAUUCCCCAAUCCGGAGACGUUUGAUCCUGGUCAUUUUCUGGAUGCAAAAGGAAACUUUAAGAAAAGUGACUACUUUAUGCCUUUCUCAGCAGGAAAACGAAUGUGUUUAGGGGAAGGUCUGGCCCGCAUGGAGCUGUUUCUGUUCCUGACCACCAUUUUACAGAACUUCAAGCUGAAAUCUCUGGUUCCCCCGAAAGAUAUCAAUGAUACCCCACAAGUCAAUGUAAUUUCUGUAUCACCUCCCCCUUUCCAGCUCUGCUUCAUUCCUGUCUAAUGAAGAUCAGAUGCCUGGUUCCUGCUGUGUUCUUCUCUGAAAUCACUCUCAAAGCUUGUAUUUAACACUUUCCCGGAAGGCAUGUGGAAUCCUUCCACAUUCUCACAGCUUCUGUUCUCUAAUUUCCCACGGACAUCAUCCGGUCUCCAUUUUACAGUCUCUGAAGUAAUCGUCAAAGAUAUUUGCCAUUUCGUAUUUUCCAUAGCCCUGUUACUAUCCUUUGUACUCACAUGUAGCUAAAGCUGUAGUUAACAUGGCACCCACAUAAAAUGAAUAAUGUCCAACUAUAUAAUAAUUCACAAUCAUGUUUCUGGCUCUUGUAUGUCCUUGACAAUAACAUAUUAAAUUUGUAUUUCUGAUUUCAACAGACUUUCCAUCAGUUUUAAUAAGAGGUGAAAGAAAAAGGAGUUCCCAAAGGUCCUGGUAGACUGUAUAACAAGAAAUUUUCAGAAUGUAAAGUGGGAAUACUGUUGAGAUGGCUCAGACAGCAAUGUUCUUGUCAUACAGGGCUCAAGUACAUACGUUUAUAUUCAAAACAAAACCUAAAGGUCAGACCUGGUGGUGAUUACUAUUUAUACCACAGUGGGAGACUGCGUCUAAAGCAUCCCUGGAUUGCGCCAACUCACCUAGUAUAAUUGCCAAGCCCUGUGUCACACUGGGAUCCCCUGUAACAACACCAAAGACUGAACGCAGACCUCCACAUGAUCAUGCAGGUGCACACACUUACACACACAGCACACAAAGAGGCAAAUGCUCACUAUUGUACAAGCAGUCGGUUAUCAUGUACACACCCAGGCCUAUACUCUUCCCCGGAACUCAUAUGCAAAAGAAAUUGUUGAAGAGGAUGGUGUGAGAAAGCUCUUUAGCUGGGGAUCUUCUACAGUUACUGGAGGCACUUGCACAGCACACUGGUGAUGCUGAAUACAAUAAUGAUAAUAUUCUAGGCCUAUAGCCUAAGUUGUAUGCCCCAAUGUUACCUAGAAACAUUUGUUGUCUGUCCACACGGCCUGCACUUUCUGUUAUUUCUUACUUUUUUUUUUUUUUUUUUUUUUUGGAAGUCACUUGCUUAGACCUCCUGCCUAUUCAGGUAAUACUAUUUUCCUUCUCAGGGCUUUUAUGGGGUUGAAGACUAGAUAGUUAUAAUCCUUUUGUACCUUAGCUAAAGGCAUAUUAGGUACAAGACUUGGACUCUUCCGAAUAGGACAGCUAUUGGAUUAUUUAGAAUGUGUUUCUUGUUUGAUGUUAUUCUUGUUCACUGUAGUUUCACUUUUGCUCAUUUUUGUUCUUUCAUCUGGAUAAUACUUGAUAAUUCUUACUGCAUAUGUUGAAUUAGAACCCUCUUAAUUAGCAAAAAAAAAAAAAAGGAGACAUGUAUUAGAGCUUGAUCUGUUUGGCCAAUGUCUUUUGGGAUGAUUUGCCAUGGGCAUGGUUUUCUAUGCAGAUGUGAUGGGAUAAAAUGCGGGAGAAAGGUUGUGCAUGCCCUCUUGGGUGUAUAGAGCUGGAGCAUGCCUUAUGGUUCGUCCUCAUUACCCUUGGAAGAAUGACAAGACAGUGAAAGCUGGAUCAGCCCACUCCAUCUACAUUGUUCUGAUAAGUGGAUAUUAGAUACAAUCCACAUCCUGGAGAAGCUAGGUAACAAGGAGGACCCUAAAAGAGACACAUGGGCUGUCUUAGGAAGAAGAAGUAGAUGAGAUUUUCUGGGUAAACUCAGGGAUGAAUGGAAGCUGGGAACAUGAGGAAAUGAGAUGUGUGAUUUGGAGGAGGGACAGAGAGGAAGAACAAUGAAGGAGAUAGCUGCACACCUUGCAGAAUGAGAUUGGAUAUUUAUUAAGUGGGUUAUGGAAGGGAAGGGGAGAAGGGGAAAGAGCAGAGAGAGGACAGAGAGAGAGAAAAAGAGAAGGAAGAAGAGGAGAAGUGGGGAGAGACAGAAACAGCCUUUUUAAGCGCGAGACCAAAAAGAAGGGAAUAAGGCUGGAAGCUAAAGAUCAGCUUAUUUUAGUGGACUGAGAGGGAGUGGGCAUGGUUUGUCUCUUAAAAGGACAGAGCAACCAUUAAACCUCCCACAUCAAAUAAUAAUGUUUAUUAUUCUUGCAUGUGAAAUAAUGCAUUUUAUUUAAUUCUAUAUGUAAAACAUUGUUAUGUGUCACAUAUAAUCAACAUCUGUUAUUCAUUAUCUCAUAUAUUCUUCCUUUGUAUUUCACUAUGAGAAAAAAAUUUAGAACUUUAAAAAAUAUUUUUGAUACUUGGCGUUUUUAUAACAAAAUAUUCAAAACAGUACAAACUGUAAACAAACAAACAAAAAUAAGGUACUCAGAUCUCUUACAAUCCUCAAAUGUUUUGGUCCAAACUGGUGAUUUGUUUUGUUCCAGCAACAGAAUGUUUAACUAUGAAUGUAGGCAACUUUCAAUUGGUAUGUUCAUUUCCUUCUAUCAUGUUAAUGCAGUCUUUUGUCUUAAUCCUACCUUUUUGGUUCAGGAGUAUUUUAGGCAGUUGGAAAUUAAACAUGGGUGACUCUUCAAUACUCACUGAAAUUCAUUCCUGAUACUUACAAAAAAAAAGAAAGAAAGAAAAAGAAAGGAAAUUAAGGCAGCAGUAUCAUGGACCUAAGUACUUAGGAACAGCUUGGGCUUCUAACAAUCAAGAAUAAACAAAGGAAUAGGCAUAAUUAGUUGAAUCUUAGUAAUACCCUGUCACUCUAGUGUUAGAUCCCUGUCAACUCAUUAUGAUAAAUUAGUGAACAAAUAUAUUGUUCUUGGGAAUCUGGUAUUAUUAGUGGAGAUUCGUCAAUUAUUCAAUUUUAUGAUUUGAAAUUUUUCUGAUACUCUUUUAGUCCUGACUUUGAUUUGUUUUGAUUUGUGCCCCUGCUUCCAUAUCUAAAUGUAAUAAAAAGCAAUAUACAGCAAGCUGACAACCAACAUCAAAUUAAAUGGAGAAAAUUUCAAAGCAAUUUCUCUAAAAUCAGGAACAAGACAAGCCUAUUAAUUCUCUCCAUAUCUCUUCAACAUAGUUCUUCAAGCUCUGGCUAUAGCAGUAAGACAACAAAAGGAGACCAAGGGGCUUUGAAUUGGAAAGGAAGAAGUCAAAACUUUAUUAUUUGUAGAUGAUAUAAGUGUGUGUGUGUGUGUGUGUGUGUGUGUGUGUGUGUGUGUGUGACCUCAAAAACUCUACCAGGAAAUUCCUACAGUUGAUAAAUACAUUCAGUAAUGUGGCAGGAUACAAGAGCAACUCAAAAAAAAUCAGUAGCCCUCCUAUAUACAAAUGAUCAAGGGGCUGAGAGGGAAAUCAGAGAAACAUCACUUUUCAUAAUAGCCACAAAUAACAUAAAAUAUCGUGAGGCAACAAAAACCAAAAAAGUUAAAGACCUAUUUCACAAAAAUUUUAAGUCUUUGGAAAAAGAAAUUGAAGAAAAUAUCAAAAAUGGAAAGAUUCUGCUUGUUCUUGAAUGGAUAAGAUCUCCAUAAUAAAAAAAAAAAGCAAUCAUACCAAAAUCUAUCUCUACAUUCAAUGCAAUACCCCAUCAAAAUCCCA